AUGGAGUCGUCUCUUGUUUGGGCGGCGCGCGCAAGUUUUGGCGGGGAGUUGUGGGACGGCAAGGGCGACCCAGCUGGCAAGGGUCUCAGCGCAAACAAAGUGCACAACAUCAAGCGGCCAGACUCACGCAUUAAUUUCGAGUAUUUGCUCUAG